AAGUGUGCCAGUGGGACUCGGGCAGAAGUUGCCGUAUUUUUAAACCCGGCACAGCCGAAGCUUUAUUAAUCCCCCCUGCGACUCAGCUACCCCAGUGCUUGUGGGCCAGGCCCCUACAGCAAAAUCCGACAGGGCGUUUGUCAUUACUGGCUCUGACGGUGAACAAAGUGAAACAAUAUGUUAGUGUCACAGCUGACUUCCCAGUUACUGAAGGCUUCACGAAUUGCAGGCCACCUUUUGCCAAGGUCAGCAUCUUCCUUUCUUCGCUGUCAUUCUACAUCUGCACACUAUAGCACACAGCCAUCUAACAAGAGUGGAGCCCAGCCUCAGCGGUGGUAUGCUCUGGACCCUGAACUGGAAGAGAUGCUGAUCCCCAGAAAACUUUCCAUCAGCCCCUUAGAAAGCUGGCUGACAGUUAGAUACUCCCUUCCUAAAGCAGAAGUCCUUAAUGCUCAGGAAGGAGUGGGCUAUGAACCUCUCCAGCGAUAUGACUGUCCCCCAUCUGAUGAGGGAGCUGAUGUGGAGGAAGGAGAGGGGACACUUAGCAACAAGCUUCAGUGUAAGAACGUUUUGAAGAUUCGCAGAAGGAAAAUGAAUCGGCAUAAGUUCAAAAAGCUGCUAAAGCGAAGAAAAUUUGUACGGAGGAGGAUAAAGGAAGGUCGCAAGAAGAAACGUCAGAUAAAAUUUGAGAAAGAUUUGGAGCGCAUCUGGAAAAGAGCUGGUUUGAAAAAUCCUCCUGCGGGAUGGCAAACACCCAAGAUAUUUCUGAAAAGUUCAAAGCGAUAAAAAUAAUGAGUUUUAACCUGUAAUUGUAAUUAAAAAAUAUUUAAGUACGCGGAUUACUUUUAACCUUUUUUUGAGUGUGAUGAAAUUAGUAGGGGGAAACUUUCAAUCUUGAUGAGCAGUUUUCCAAGGGCAAACCUGACAACAGUAUACUUUUCCUCCUUGAAAGACUGGUGUGAGCCCUUGUAUAGUGACUUGGCGCUGCUGUGUACGGUCCCGUGCUGCUGCCCCCAACUCUAUGUCUGAGCAAGUGUCUUAGACUGCAGCUGAAUUUCUGAAGUUGCUAUUUGAGGUUAGACUGAACAAUGUACUAUAAGAACAGUCGGUGGUGGGAGACAGGAUAACUGAAAGAAUGCUUCUGAUUGUAAGUAUGGCUAUAUAAGACACGAGCAUUUUGAAAAGUUCUUCUCAAAAUCACAUUCUCUUGCUUUCGUAGUCUUACUAUAGAAGGGCUGGUGCCUACUAAGAGUUAUGGUGAAAUAGGAAUUGGAUCAGAAUUCCAUAGAAUAUAUCUGCAAAAGCUUUAAUUUUCACUUAUCUGAAGGCUCAGUGUGCAUGUGUCUUACACUGGCAUUGCAUGAGCAUCCUUAAAAAGCAUAUUUAUUUUUUUCUGUUCUGUUUUGUGCCAAUAAAAAAAAUUGCUUUUUUUCUA